AUGAGUACUAUUGAUCUGGGGCAGGGCAGCGGCACGGCACGGCAGCAGCAGUGGGGCAGAGGCACGCAGCGGCGGCAGGUGGCACGAGCAGGGCACGGGCAGUGGCACGGCAGCGGCAGCGGCACGGGCAGGGCACGGCAGCGGCAGGGCAGGCACGGGCAGUGGCACGGCAGCACGGCAGCGGGCAGGGCACGGGCAGGGCACGGGCAGUGGCACGGCAGCGGCAGGGGCAGGUGGCACGGCACGGGCAGGGCAGCGGCAGGCAGCGGCACGGCACCGCACGGCGGCAGCGGCAGCGGCAGCGGCAGCAGGCACGGGCAGUGGCACGGGCAGGGCACGGCAGCGGCAGCGGCACAGCACGGGCAGUGGCACGGCAGCGGCAGCGGCAGCGGCACGGGCAGUGGCACCGGCAGCGGCAGCGGCACGCGGCAGUGGCACGGGCAGGGCACGGGCAGGGCACGGGCAGUGGCACGGCAGCGGGCAGCGGCAGCGGCACGGGCAGUGGCACGGCACGGGCAGUGGCACGGCACGGCAACGGCAGCGGCAGCGGCACGAGUGCGGCUUGGCGUCGUCGGCGUGGGCGUCUGCGAGCGUCGGGGAACGGCGGAGCGUGCCGAGGCGACGCUCGGGCACGGCGGGGCGUGGUGA